CAUUAACAGUCGAUCCUGCUGGUUCUCAGACGGAUACAGCAUGCGUGUCCAUUCUAGAUGAAUGCUCGGCCACAUUUGAAGAUGGUAAAUUUGAUGACUGGGACAACCUUCUGAAGUACGAGUCCUGUGUGGAAGACGUGGAAUGUCCGAACGACGUGGCCGGGACAGAUCUCAGGACAUCGUUGCAAGAGAAAAUCGAAUCGAUGAAGCAAAAUUGGGGACGUGACUGGGACAUCAUCAACUCUGUGCCUCGCCAGCUUAUAUCAGUUAUGGCCCUUGCAGCUCCAGUGUUUGCUAUCGUGAGGUACUGUUACCACUAG